AUAAUAAUUAUAAUAAUGGACUGUUAUUCAAGACAUUAUUAGUAAUUAAGAACUAAAACUUACUAUUAGAGCUUCACUAUGACGUUCUACAAACAUAUAACAAAGUUAAAAAUCAACUCUACACUAGAAACUUAUCGUAAAUUCAGUGUUAUUUGUAACAAUCAUCUUGUAGCAGUAAAUAAUGAAAAUAGAGCGGUUAAGUGCAAUGUAUUGAAAGGAAACAAAUUAUGUUCAUUUGACACCCGUGCAAGCCGUAAUUUUUCAAUGGAAGCAUUCGCAAAAUGGCAAGAACAAACGUAUGCAAGCAUAUCAGGAAGUACCCCUGUGCAUUUUAUGCAGGAUGGGUUACUUUAUUUCCACGAUCUAACAGGAAUGCCAUGGUGGGCCACAAUUGUUACUUCCACAAUACUUAUUAGGACAUGUAUGACUCUGCCACUAUCUGUCUAUCAAAACUAUAUAUUAGCAAAAGUAGAGAAUAUCAGUUUAGAACUUAAGGAUAUGGUAAAUGAAUUAAAAAAGGAAACUACAAUAGCCAAGAAAGUUUACAACUUAACAGAUAAACAAGCAGUGUUAUUAUAUAAGAGAUCAUUGAAGAAACAAUGGAACAAUUUAAUAGUGCGAGAUAACUGUCACCCUUUUAAAGCAAGCUUGUUGAUAUGGUUUCAACUGCCAGUUUGGGUGUGCAUGUCUUUUGCUUUGAGGAACUUAGUAUACACGAAUAGUCCAGAUCCUGCAGCAUUAGUUACCCUUAUGGAGUUAUCUACUGGGGGCAUUGGAUGGAUUCCUAAUUUAACCGAGCCUGACCACUCCUGGAUACUUCCUGUAGCAUUUGGACUGACCAACUUGUCAAUUAUAGAAAUACAGAGAUUAUCGAAACUGAGGCAACCCUCUAAGCUGUACAAUGUUUUUACAAAUGUAUUUAGAGUAUUUACAAUUAUAAUGAUACCUGUAGCAGCCAAUGUUCCUUCAUGUAUGUGUCUGUAUUGGAUGACAUCAAGUUCUAUCGGUUUAGUUCAUAACUUAAUAUUAUUGUCCCCAUCAAUUAGAAGAAAGCUGAGGAUACCUUUAGCUCCAAGUGAACUGGAAGAGCCCUACAAACACAUAAAAGAGGAAUUGAAAGAUUCAUUUAGAAGAAAGUUAAAAAGAAAUAUGUUAAAAGAAUCAUAAGAUUUUAUUUUCAAAUAUAAACAAGAAUUGUCUUUGUUAUAAGUUUAAAUUAUUACUAUUGUAAAAAAACAAAACACUUCAUUUCACACUAGUCCAAAUAAAUUAUAUCAUAUUCCUUUCAAAAAAAGGUGUUGUUUAUUUGAUGAAAAAUCUGUCAUAUGUCAAUUACAGA